GCAAACAUUAUUCAAUAAACUUGAACAAGAACUAGAUUCGAAUCUUCAAAUGACAGCAAUUAUUAGUAGUGAUGUUCAUUUUCUUCAUGCUGCUAUUGAAAAUCGAAAAGGAUCUUUACAUACUCAUGUCCAUCAUGAUUCAACAAUUCAACCAUUUUUAUUACCUUAUGAGCAUAGCAAUCCACGAUUAUUUCAUCGACAAUGGUUUCGAGCUGCUCUUAUACGUGCUGGUCAAUAUUGUAGUUCGUUCGAAGAUUUUGAAGACGAACGACUUUAUAUUGAAUUAACAUUUCUGGCUAAUGGGUAUUCAUUAGAUUUUAUCAAGUAUCAUAUCAAACGAUUCUUGACAAGAUUUAAUCCAAAUGAACAAAAAUCAAUGAAUUUGAACCGAUCUACAUAUCUUUCAUUUCGUAAUGAAUUAUUUCGUUGUAUCGAUCAACAAAAACGUGAUCUAUUCGAAGAACAACAACUACAAAAGAAUCAUCAAUUAAUUCAAUUACAUUAUCUUUUCGAUUGGGGUUCAAGAUGUCUAUUCAAUCAACAGUUUUAUCAAUAUUGGUCUACGAUUCUCGAGCAAGAUCCAGAGUUUAAAAAAUAUAGAUUAAAAAUCAAACUUAAUACUAAACAUUGUUAUUCAUCGAAUACUCUCUUGGCUCGAUCGAAUAAUACAUAUCUAUGA